UCUUUUUUCUGUUAGUCGCUGUCUAUUGCUGUAAAGGAAAGCUGGAUACACUCAUAGGCGUUACACGGGAGUAAACCCCCACUGAGUGCCAGACUGAUACACAUCGCUUCUCAGGUUUGGCAGCUGGACAACGUUCAUUACAUUGAUUUUUCGGGAUUGUUUUACUAGCUGCUGACAGGAGUUUGGAAAACCGUGAAGUUCAGAGGUAAUUCUGUCCUCAUCCAGCUCGCCUGAGGAUACACAUCUAACACAUUUGGAGAAAGAGGAGCAGGGGAAAAGAUGGGACCUCCAGUAAGAUACCUAAAAAAUCAGGAUUAUUAUAAGCUAAGAAGAGAGUGCAUGAAAAACAAGAGACUGUUCGAAGAUCCAGAAUUUCCAGCAUCAGAUGAAUCCUUGUACUUCAGCAAAGCUUCUAUGCAAAGAAUUGAGUGGAAAAGGCCUAGUGAGCUUUGUGAGAAUCCUCGGUUGUUUGUGGAUGGAAUAAGCUACCAUGACUUACACCAAGGCAAGCUUGGGAACUGCUGGUUUGUGGCUGCCUGCUCCUGUCUGGCUCUCAGAAGGUCUCUGUGGCAGAAGGUAAUUCCUAAGUGGAGGAGACAAGAAUGGGACCCAAAAAGACCACACAGUUACGCAGGAAUCUUCCACUUUCAGUUUUGGUGUUUAGGGGAAUGGGUGGAUGUUGUCAUUGAUGAUCGUUUGCCAAGUUUGGACGGGAGUUUGAUCUAUUGUCAUUCCAACGUGAAGAACGAGUUCUGGACAGCACUCCUGGAAAAGGCCUAUGCUAAACUGGCUGGAUCUUAUGAGGCUCUUGAUGGUGGAAGUACUGCAGAUGCAAUUGUAGACUUCACUGGGGCAGUUGCAGAGAGUUUUCAUCUGACCAAAGGUCACUACAGAAGCAAUCUGAUACAGCAGACAAGGCUCUUUGCGGACAUGCUGAAAGCACAAAGAACAGGUGGAUUAAUCAGUUGUUAUAUCAAGCCUUCUUCCAGCAGUGACAUGGAGACAGUGACUUUAAUGGGUCUUGUGAAAGGCCAUGCAUACUCCGUGAUCGAGAUCAAGAAGGUGCCAUUAGGCCAAAAGCCACUUUGCUGUGGGAAGAGGAACAAGUUGUUCAUGGUUCGGAUGAGGAACCCCUGGGGAAGCAAGGAAUGGAGAGGAGCGUGGAGUGAUGGGUCUGAAGAGUGGAACAGUGUGAGCAAGUCGGAAAGGGAAGCCCUUGGAUUGACCAUUAGAGAUGAUGGUGAAUUCUGGAUGACUUUUGAGGACUGGUGCAGCAACUUCACCCAUGCUGACGUGUGCUGGAUGAUAAAUACCUCAUGUCUGACCUUCCGCAAGACGUGGGAAAUGGAAGAAGUACAAGGAUCAUGGACCAAAAGUUCAGACCCUCUUUUAAAUCGUUCUGGAGGAUGUUUCAACAACAGAGCAACCUUCUUUCAAAAUCCUCAGUAUAUCUUCGAAGUGAAAAAAGAGGAAGACCAAGUCCUAAUUUCUCUACAGCAGAAGGACCUGCGACCUCACAAGAAGGAAGGGAGAGGAGACAGUUUUAUAAUAGGCUUUGAAAUUCUCAAGGUGGAACAAAAUAGAAAAUAUCGCAUUCACAAGAUCCAAGGGCAGGAAAGGACUGCAUCUUCUCAAUAUAGAAACCUUAGAUCUAUCUUUCUGAGGAAAGUUUUGGAGAAGGGAAUAUAUGUCAUAAUUCCCACCACUUUCCAUCCCGGGGUCACCAGUAACUUCCUUCUCAGGCUCUUCACUGAUGAACCUUCUCAGUUCAGGGAACUUCUUCUUGAUAAACCCUCUGUGAGCUGCUGGAGUAUUUUCUGUGGCUACCCGCAAAGAAUCACUCAAGUUUUUGUUCGUAGUGUGGAAGGAGUGUUAAAACAGGAAAGUUCUGGAGGACCUGACCUCUAUGUGAUCAUCAAGUGUGAGAAAGAGAGUGUUAGCUCUUCAGUCCACAAGAAUACAACCAGCGCUGUAUUUGGAAUGCAUGCAAUCUUCUAUCGCAAGUUCAUUAAUGAACCAAUCAAAAUUCAGGUUUGGGACAGCAACAUAAUGUGUGACCAUUUUCUGGGCCAAGUGCUUCUGGCUGCAGCGCCCAGCGACCCUAAAGAAGAGUUCAGUCUCCAGCUGCACGGCAAGGAUGGCCAGGAAGCGGUGGAGAUGCCAGGACGAAUUAACAUCAAGGUCGUUUCUUCUGAUGACCUUGUUGAACUUUGAAUGUGCGAAAGUCCUCCCAGACACAGACGGAGCUGCGAGCAGAAAGAGUCUAGGAUCUCUUCACAGAUGACACGUGCUUUGGUGGCAUCUAAAGCCCUAAAGUCUCACAACUGCAAAGCACACAGCAGCUGGCGUGUAGCAUUUGUUAAACCAUUUUUAAUGUGCAAGAUGUCUUCUAAAGCAAAAUAUUGCUGUAAUGGUUUAUGUGCAGUUUGAAAUAAACUACUCUGUGCCUUAACCAGGGACAAGCAUGCCGUAUUAUUUAUGACAGUAGAAGGCAUGCCCUCUAACCACGGGAAGAUGUUUAUCGUUGGUAUAGAUUCAGUUAGGUGACCCUGUUACUUAUGGGUAAUUGUUAACGAUGAUUUUUAGUUCUUCAUUCCACCAAAUCACCCUCUGUCUUUAAAAUGUUCUUUUACCAUUAACCUGUUUACA